AUGUCCAACUCCCUCACCGCAGCCCACCUGGAGGCUUUGCGGACAGCACCACCGCUCCUGAUGCAGAGACAGCGGCUGAAAACUUGGCCAAACAGCGACGAGAAGGUGUUAGAGCAAUUACACACGUUUGCUGCAAAUAAAAAGUCUGGUUAUGAACGAGAAUCGGCAGCUGUUGGACUACACGCACUGGCGACACAUCUCAAGGCUGGCGUCGGACCUCUCUUACUUGCGUCUCUGCCCGUAUUACUCGACUUGUACUCUGAUAAAGGAGACGUAGACACUAUCAGGAGAUGGGUCGAGGAGAAGAGCAAGAAGGCUGAGAGAGCGGAGUAUAUUGCUGCUGAGCUAGGAAUUAUCCUCCCAACUGUGGAAAAUGCGAUGCAUGACACUAAGUCCGAGGUCUCGAAUGCUGCCAAAAAAUGCGCUACGGCACUUUGCGGGACAGUUCCGAACCCCGACCUCGAAAAGCACAUUCCUGCUCUCGUACAGGCUAUGGAAUCACCGGCCAACGUGCCAGCUACAAUUAAGGCUAUGAGCAACACAACCUUCGUUGCUGAAGUUACCGCCCCGAGCUUGGCAGUUUUGGUCCCUCUCUUAUCUCGCGCGCUAAACGACAGGUCACCAGAGACCCUCAGGCGAGCCUCGAUUGUAACGACCAACAUUGUCAAGCUUGUUCGCGAUCCUGCCGUUGCUGCUCAAUACCUAGGCCCUCUGAGCGACGCAGUUCAUAGGGUUGCGAGUGGGGCGUCCUUUCCAGAAGUGCGAGCUUUUGCCAAAGAGGCUGAGGGCGUACUGAAAGCUGCUGGAGGGGAUGUGAAAACUAAUGGCGCCAAAGAGAACAAAGUGUCCGAUGGACUGGAUGACGAUGUUCUGGUAACGAUUGUUGCAAAAAUGCCAGAAGGCUAUUUACGUAGGCCAAAGUUUGAGUUGCCUGGACAAAAGGUUCAACUCCACCCAGCCCAACGAAAGUGUCUAUUAUUUGCUGCUGAACUCGGGGCCGAGCUUGUUCGUGCCGGCAGGGUCCGUGCCUAUGACGCCGAGCAGGCGAGCAAUCAUGAGGUCAAUGGUACCGGGAGUGACGCAAAAGCCGAAGGAAAAGGUGACGGAUGGGAGAUUGCCCAGGCAGUAAGGUCACAUUACUGGGACUUGGAACGGGUUGAAAAUUUCCCGCCUCAAUCCGAGGUACGAGCUAUCAUGGUUGAACAUGCUCUUCAAGGAGAAGAUGCCAGUUUAUCAAUCUUGGAUUUCAUUGCAAGCGACCCUCAGCUUGCCAAUAUUUCACGCGAGACGAUCGCGGCUCAGUUACGUGAAGUUGGAUUUGACGAUGAACGCCAGUCCCAUACCGUAGGCAGCUUAUCCGGAGGAUGGAAAAUGAAGCUAGAACUUGCGCGUGCCAUGUUAUACAAGGCCGAUUUGCUGAUGCUUGAUGAGCCCACAAACCAUCCCAUACCAGCACACAUGAGGCAACAGACUGAUCGGGCAUCUGUUAAAUGGUUGGAAGACUAUUUGAUCGCACACGACAAAGUGACGGUGCUCACCGUCAGCCACGAUUCAGGAUUUCUCGACAACAUAACAACCGAUAUUAUUCACUAUGAGUCCAAGAAGCUCGUGUACUAUCCUGGGAACCUAUCCAAGUUUGUCGAAAAGGUCCCAGAGGCUAAAUCAUACUAUACUCUUGCAGCUACUUCGGUCAAAUUUUCUUUCCCCCCUCCUCUCAUUGAUGGGCCUACUGUUGUUACCGGUAGUCGAGUUGGAAUCAUAGGACCCAACGGGGCAGGAAAAUCGACUUUGAUCAAACUUUUGACUGGGGAAACUUCGCCGCAAGAAGGAACGGUUUACAAACACCCCGCGUUGCGUGUGGGCUAUGUAUCGCAACACGCGACACAUCAUAUUGAGAGGCAUCUGGAAAAAACCGCUGUUCAAUAUAUUCAGUGGCGUUUUCAGGAUGGGCACGACCGUGAAUUACUUGAAAAGUCAACACGUGUACUCACCGAGGAAGAAAAGGAAUUGCUUGAGAAAGAUUUCAUCGGGCGCAACGGAGAGAAACGAAAACUGGAGUUGAUAAUGGGUCGCCAAAAGCUAAAAAAAUCUUUCCAAUACGAGGUGAAAUGGCGAAAUCUCGACCAUAAGUUCAACACAUGGAUCCCUCGUGAAGAAUUGUUGGAGAAGGGGUUUACUAAGCUUGUUCAGCAAUUUGAUGACCUGGAAGCUUCGCGUGAAGGUGCUGGCACUCGUGAUACUUCUGCCAGCCUUGUGAGAAAACAUCUUGAAGAUGUUGGUCUAGAUGGGGAUAUUGCCCAAUAUAAUGAAAUGAAACCUACAAAUUUCUUGGACCGGGAGGCGCUAGGUGGUCUCGCCGUCGCUAUCCGUGAUUGGGGUGGCGCCGUAGCAAUUAUUUCCCACAAUGAGGAAUUCGUGGGCGCGCUGUGUCCUGAGAUAUGGAAUGUCGCGGCAGGACGGAUGACCCAUCAAGGAAAAUCAGCAGUUGUGGAAGACGCUUUUGCAGACGGCAAAUUCAAAGCAACCCCGAAGGGCAGUGGGAAUGAAGGAGCAGCCCCCGCAGUUCCCAAGUCAAAGAAGAAAAAGUUGACGAGAAAUCAGCUCAAGGCUCAGGAAGAGAGGAGACGUAUUCGCAAACUUAACUGGCUGACCUUUGGAGGCCCAAAACCGGAGGAUACUGAUAGCGAUUGA